GAGAAAAGUAAGAAAAAUAAAUGAAAAUGGUGGCCAAUGUAGUGAGGAGUGAGUGGGUGGUGCCAAUCCACACAAUAGAAGAGCAAAAAGUUCAACUCUCAAAUCUAGACUUGUUAUUGCCUGCCCAAUAUGUUGGUGUUUUUUUGUGUUACAAGAAGCCAACAUGUAUAUCUUUUAGGCAAAUGGUUAGCAUUCUUAAACUAGCCUUGGCUAAAGUUAUUGUUCAUUUUUAUGUCUUUUCUAGUGAAGUGGUUCGAAAUUCUAAUGGUUAUUCAGAAAUUAAGUGUGACAAUAAAGGAAUAGAGUUUAUUGAAGCUUAUAGUGAUCUUGAACUCAUUCAGCUCGACUUGUAUAAUUCUCAUCAAACUGUUGAACCUAACUUGCUGCCCAACAAUAACUUUAGAGUUUUCUCUAUAAAGGUAACAGAGAUGAAAUGUGGAGGGAUAAUAAUAGGCUGCAACUUUGACCAUAGAGUUGCAGAUGCAUACUCAACCAACAUGUUCUUACUUUCUUUGGCUGAAAUAUCCAACUCAAAACCAAUCUCAACAAUACCUUCCUUUACAAAAUCACUCCUUAACCCUAGAAACCCUUGUUUUUACAAUCCAACAUUAAAUGAUAUGUACGUCCCAAUUCCAUCCUCACAUUUUAAAAAUAACAUCAAAAAUCUUUCAUCAAUAAACCAUACCAAAAAAGAACCCCUUAUAAGCCGAAUAUAUAGUGUUAAUGCGCAAGAAAUCAUCAAUCUUCAAUCUCAAACAAAAGGUACAAAAUUGGAAUCCUUUAGCGCGUUCCUAUGGAAGUUGAUAUCCGAGCAUACAUCUAAGAUGUAUGCUCAGAUAUCAAAAAGUGAUGAACAAGCGAUUAUUACAAGUUAUUCCAAGACAUGUAAAAUGGGAAUUGUGGUGGAUGGUCGAACAAGACUUAGUAAUAAUAAUAAUAAUCAUCGUAGUGAAUUACAUAACUAUUUUGGAAACGUGUUAUCACUACCAUUUGUUACGAAAACUAUAAACAAAUUAAAUUCCAUGACACUAGCAAAAAUAACCCAAGAAGUGCAUGGAUUUUUAGAACAAGUAAAGAACAAACAACAUUUUGAAGAUUUGAUUGAUUAUGUACAAAUUCAUCAUCCACAACAAAUUCUUGCAAAGAUUUAUGAUCAAGGGAGGGAAAAUGGACCUGCAUUUGUGGUAUCAUCUGGGCAAAGAUUUCCUGUAUCUAAGAUUGAUUUUGGUUGGGGAAAACCUUUGUUUGGUUCAUAUCAUUUUCCAUGGAAUGGGGAUGCUGGUUAUGUCAUGCCUAUGCCUAGUACUAAAGAGAAUGGUGAUUGGAUUGUUUACAUGCUUCUUAAUGAAUCACAAUUGGAUUUUAUUGAAAUGGAAGCUAGCCAUGUUUUUCAACCUUUCAAGUUUUCUUAGCGAGUUUGAGAGUGGUUUUGGGCAUUUUUGAGGUGUUUGAUUGUGCCUAAAGGCAGAUUCAAAUUCCCUCUAGUGCUUGCACGUGUGGGCGGCACGGAGGUUAAGAAAAUAUUAUAAUUUAUGUUAUGUUUUAUGAUGGUUUUGUAAAUGUAUUUAGGAGUAAUUUGUACUCUUAUUGAUUAUUUUCUAGAUCCGCUACUAAUUGUAUCGAG